AUGAAUUCAGCAAAUUCCAUCAAUGGUAGAAUUUUAGGCGCCGAAAACUACCAAAAACUGCGGAAUUCACGCAUCUUGCUCAUCGGGGCCGGAGGAAUAGGGUGUGAACUACUGAAAAACCUUGUGUUGAUGGGAUUCGGCGAAAUUGAUAUUGUGGACCUUGAUACAAUCGAUCUUUCGAAUUUAAACCGUCAAUUUUUGUUCAGACAGCGUGACAUCAAACAGUCGAAAUCAACCACUGCCGUCAAGGCCAUCGAGCACGUUAGCAAUUCCAAGCUUACUGCGCACACAGGCAACAUUAUGGACGUGGAAACUUUCCCCUUGAGCUGGUUUGAUCGAUUCUCUAUCAUUUUCAACGCGCUGGAUAACUUAGAAGCCAGACGUUACGUUAAUCAAAUGGCCCAGUUCUUGCACAAACCUUUGCUGGAAAGUGGCACCGCAGGUUUUGACGGAUAUAUCCAGCCAAUUAUUCCAGGAUCCACUGAAUGUUUUGAUUGCACCACUAAGGAGACACCAAAAACUUUCCCGGUUUGCACCAUCAGGUCGACUCCUUCGCAACCAAUUCAUUGCAUCGUCUGGGCCAAAAACUUCCUUUUCGCUCAGCUUUUUGCAUCUAGCGCAUCAACCGUUGGUGAGAGUGAUCUUGGAACCGAGAAUCCAGAGGAAAUAAAGCGAAUACAACAAGAGACCAACGAGCUGCAUGAAUUGCAGGAGUACGUGAAAUCGGGCGAUGAAUCCAAGAUCACUGACAUUAUCAGAAAGGUUUUUGUUCAAGACAUUGAAAAACUCCUGGCUAUCGAGGAGCUGUGGAAAACUCGCGAGAAGCCCGUCCCACUCUACGACGUGGAGAUAAACGAUACUAUCAAUACAGACAUGAGUGUCAUCUGGUCACUUCAAGAACAGGUUAACGCAUUUGUAUUAGCAUCAAAACGCCUGAUGCGUAGAAUGCCUGGAGAAGGAAGUAUAGAGUUUGACAAAGAUGAUGCUGACACACUAGAAUUUGUUAGUACAGCGGCAAACAUCCGUGCUCACAUUUUCAAACUACCACAGAAAUCCCUUUUCGAUAUCAAACAGAUUGCCGGGAAUAUAAUCCCUGCUAUUGCAACAACAAAUGCUAUUAUUUCAGGCCUUUCUGCUCUUGCAUCACUUCGAGUAUUGAAUCUCAUCAGAAACCAGCCUGAGGCAAAACCAACUGAGCUAAACAUGGCAUUCACUUCGAAAGCUAGUAACAUUUCUAGUAAUCGAUACAUUUCCAGUCCUCAAUUGGCUUCCCCAAACCCUAAAUGCCCAGUUUGUUCCAUAGCGCGCGGUGUGAUACACAUUUCGUCAAAAACCUUUGAGACGGCCAAACUUUCAGAUCUUGUUGAUAAGAUUCGAGACAAAUAUGGUUUUGAAGACGAAGUCUCUGUUCUAGACAAAUCUACUCAGCGACUUCUUGCGGAUUACGAUUUCAAAGACCUUCUCGACAAGUCGCUAAGUGAAGUCAACCUCAAGCAUGGUGUUAUACUUUCCAUAUCAGAUGAACGCUGUGACGUAGAAGAACUACGCUGCACCACCGAGUUUUACCUCGACGAUUGCGAAGAAAAGAUAGGCCUGCGGCUUCCAGAUAUAAAAGUUCCGCUUGUCAAAGUCGCGGAACCAAAAAAAGAAGACGAGGACCUCGAUGACGCGGUAGAGACGACAACUUCAGGGGAUAUAAUUUUGGACGCCGUUGACGUCGAUGAAAACGUCAAGAAACGGCCUUUGGAAGAUGCGUCAUUUCCUCCCUCAAAAAGAAUUGCCGAGGCUGACGAAGGCAUCACUGUCAUAUUAGACUGA